CGGCUUGCAUCGCCAUUUUUUUAUUUUUUACCUGGAGAUUUAAAGUCGAUUGCAAGGCUAGAGAGUUUCCUUAACAAAAAAGUAUCGAAAUUUGUGCAUUAUUGUUUUUGUAUCUUUUGCAAACAAUGGCUGAAUAUUUGGCCUCCAUUUUUGGUACUGAAAAAGAUAAGGUCAACUGUUCAUUCUACUUCAAAAUUGGAGCUUGUCGUCAUGGAGAUCGUUGCUCUCGAAUCCACAAUAAACCUACAUUUUCGCAAACUUGUUUGCUACAAAAUCUGUAUGUGAAUCCUCAGAACUCUGCAAAAUCCGCUGACGGAAGUCACUUGGUGGCAAAUGUCUCGGAUGAAGAAAUGCAGGAACAUUAUGACAACUUUUUUGAGGACGUUUUUGUCGAAUGUGAAGACAAGUACGGUGAAAUUGAAGAAAUGAACGUUUGUGACAAUUUGGGCGACCAUUUGGUAGGCAACGUAUACAUUAAGUUUCGUCGUGAAGAAGAUGCUGAACGAGCUGCUAAAGACCUCAAUAACCGAUGGUUCGGAGGUCGCCCGGUCUAUUCGGAACUGUCUCCCGUGACGGAUUUCCGCGAAGCGUGUUGUCGACAGUAUGAAAUGGGAGAAUGCACUCGGUCUGGAUUUUGCAAUUUUAUGCAUUUAAAACCGAUUUCCCGGGAGCUGCGAAGAUAUUUGUAUUCUCGACGCCGAGGACGUUCUCGUUCUAGAUCACGUUCUCCGAAAGGUGGCAGACCACGUGAUCGUUCGCGUGACCGCAACCGUCGAUCGAGAAGCCGCGAACGUAAAGGUCCAGAACGUAACGAUAAUGGUCGCAAGGGACGGUACUAACUCGAGAGACUUCUUACCACAUUUACAGUGACAAUUGUGUGUUUUCGCAUAUUAUCAAUACCUCUUCGAGAUUGUAACUAGAUUCGGCCACUGCGUUGCAAGAAUUAUUUAAAAAUUGAAUAACUAAACGUUUAAAACAACAAGAAAAUCCAGCAAGUUGCUCCAUUACUUUCGGUAAAUACUUGAAGUAAAUAGUAAUUUCCAACUAACUAA